AUGGCCCUCCCGGCUUGGAAUCUCCUCAAAGGCAAAACUGCCGCUAUCACCGGCGGGACCACAGGCAUUGGCCGAGCCAUCGCGCUAGAAUACAUUCGACAAGGAGCCAAUGUGGCUAUUAAUCACUUGGGACUGGAAAAGGACGAACCUUUGCGUCAUAGUUUACUGGAAGAAGUCGAGAAAAUUCAGCAAGGACACAAAGGAACCGGAUACAAGGUUGGCGAAGUUUUGGAGAUUGCGGGCGAUGUAACAGACCCCAAAACGAGCGAGACGUUGGUCAAUGAGGCGGUUAAGCAAUGGGGAAGACUGGAUAUCUUUGUUGCGAAUGCGGGUGUUUUCAAGGAAGCGAAGUUUCUAGAGAUUCAACCGAGUCUCCUCGAUCACAGUCUAGAUGUCAAUGUCAAAGGUACAUUCUAUUCCUGUCAAGCCGCAGCCCGCCAAAUGGUCAAACAAGGACACGGCGGAUCCAUUAUCGGCGUCUCAUCAGUCAGCGCUCUCGUCGGCGGAGGCUUCCAAACACACUACACACCCACAAAAUCUGCAAUCUUGUCCAUGAUGCAAUCAAUGGCCAUCGCUUUAGGCGAUAACAAAAUUCGCUGCAACGCGCUACUCCCCGGAACAGUCAACACGCAAUUGGCAGCUCACGAUACGGCGAAUCCUACAAAAAUGGCUAUGCUGGAAGCUAGAAUUCCGCUCGGCCGAAUUGGUGAGCCGGAGGAUAUGGCAGGUCCGGCGUUGUUUUUGGCGUGUGAGGAGAUGAGUCGGUAUAUGAAUGCGUCGCCUUUGUUGGUUGAUGGUGGCAUGUUUAGCAAGUUGCAAUAA